AUGAACUUCACAAGUACUUCUCGAUAAUAAUGAAUCAUCCAAAGUGACAUGUUGUUUACCAAUGUCUUUAUAAGUUGCUGCACCAAACAAUUUCUCUAUCAUUCUCUAUCAUUCUGUUGCGAAGCAGGACAGAACCGUCAUUCUCAGCACAGCAACUUAAGAGGUACGGUACCCACUUGUUUAGUUUUUGUCUUAAUUAGAUUUCUGCUAUCUAAAGGCACAAUAUGUCAGAUUUACGGAUGUUCAACGAUCAUUUGAAUCAUUACAACCAUCGAUUCUCUAAGAAUAUAACUUAUAAAUGCGUUAUGAGCUGAGUACCAACUGUGUUAUCCUGUCAUAAAAAAAGGUUCUAUUACUUCAUUGUUUCUGUUGCUGUUUCCAUUUGAGUCUUUGUAAACACACCAAUAGCCUCAAAAUCUGUUUAAACUAGCAUGUUGAUCUCCUGUCAGUCCUUGCAUCAUUAGUUCCAUCUAUCUAAUUUGAGAGAGGUUACAUUUCCUUUUCCCCAUCCCUCAACUGGCAACAAAGUGGCAGGGUCAAGCUGUUGAAAUGACACAUUCACGUAUUCUGAAUGCUAUUUUUCAACAGCUUGUAUUCUUGUCAAUCCCAUUGACAGUUAGUAAAUGUUCCCAUCAUAUACUUUAUAAGCAGUUGUUUCCUGUGCUUCUAUUUCUACGACACCAGUGAUUCACUGUCCCUUUGGUCUCUGUGUUCUCUCCCUGCUGUUUUAGGUUAUGGCUCUGAGCAGACUUCUGACUUUGGGGCUCUGUGUUCUCUCCCUGCUGGUUCCGCCAGGCCAGAUGGAGCAGUGUGAAUGCCAGGGUACUAGAGGACCAUCUGGCCCUCCUGGCCCUCCUGGCCCUCCUGGCCCUCCUGGGCCUGUUGAACUUUCUGGAGGUAAAUGAGUCGUAAGCUUAGUACAACUGCCUUACCCUAUCUUAAUCUAAAAUAUAAUACUGUUGAUUUUGGAGUACACUGUCACUUUAAGCAUGCAUAUUCAUGUGUGUGCCUGAUGAUGGACUGAUGAUGAGGGGGACAGAGAACUCUGAAUGACCUCAAUUAGAUAAGCACUCCUAUUCCUACAAAAAGGCUUUGUCUGUACCAGUUGCCCAAAAAAACUGGGGCGGGGUAUAAUGAAAAAGCCCAAUCCGGUAUAUUUCCUGCUGUUACCCUUUGAUUAGACUGUUGAUUUUGGAAUAAACUGCCAAUUUAAGCAAGCCAGAUCAGACUGCAGAGCACUUAGCAGGCUAAUUUAAGCAGUCCUUGGUGUGUAUGAUGAUGAACCCUCUCCCUGUUAUCUCUCCAUAGGCAAACCUGGAUCUCCUGGUCCACCUGGUCGACCUGGUCCACCUGGUCCACCUGGAGUGCGCGGUACAGUCUUAAAUAUUCACUGUUCUAACUAUAUUAUUUACGUCCCAAAAAUGUAAGUGGGUAACAACACCCUUCGAAGAAAUGUCGACCACAACCGUAGUGCUGCUAUCUCAUUGUGUGUUUUUUUGGAAGACAAAUAACUCUGAAUGACCUCAAUUAGAUAAGCACACCAAUUCCAACAAAGAGUCUGUGUCUGUACCAAUUGCCAAAAAUAAACCUAUUAAAAGGGGCAUAGUGAAUUAAUAGUGAAUUAAUAGGGUAUAGUGAAUUAUUAGCGGUUCACAGCGAAGCCAUAUCUCAGACUGCCCAUCUUAAUCUUUUCUUUUUAUUGGCCAGUCUGAGAUAUGGCUUUUUCUUUGCAACUCUGCCUAGACGGUCAACAUCCUGGAGUCGCCUCUUCACUGUUGACGUUGAGACUGGUGUUUUGCGGGUACUAUUUAAUGAAGCUGCCAGUUGAGGACCUGUGAGGCGUCUGUUUCUCAAACUAGACACUCUAAUGUAUUUGUCCUCUUGCUCAGUUGUGCACCGGGGCCUCCCACUCCUCUUUCUAUUCUGGUUAGAGACAGUUUGCACUGUUCUGUGAAGGGAGUAGUACACCGCGUUGUACGAGAUUUUCCGUUUCUUGGCAAUUUCUCGCAUGGAAUAGCCUACAUUUCUCAGAACAAGAAUAGACUGACGAGUUUCAGAAGAAAGUUAUUUAUUUCUGGCCAUUUUGAGCCUGUAAUCGACCCUCAAUUGCUGAUGCUCCAGAUACUCAACUAGUCUCAAGAAGGCCAGUUUUAUUGCUUCUUUAAUCAGCACAACAGUUUUCAGCUGUGCUAACAUAAUUGCAAAAGGGUUUUCUAAUGAUCAAUUAGCCUUUUAAAAUGAUAAACUUGGAUUAGCAAACACAACGUGCCAUUGGAACACAGGACUGAUGGUUGAUGAUAAUGGGCCUCUGUACGCCUAUGUAGAUAUUCCAUUAAAAAUCAGCCGUUUCCAGCUACGAUAGCCAUUUACAACAUUAACAAUGUCUACACUGUAUUUCUGAUCAAUUUCAUGUUAUUUUAAUGGACAAAAAAAUUGCUUUUCUUUCAAAAACAAGGACAUUUCUAAGUGACCCCAAACCUUUGAACGGUAGUGUAUGUAGGUGCCUUUCCUCAUGCUGAACACAUUUGCCUCAAUUACCCAUAAGGCCUGUCAGGAUAGAUUUUCCUUCAUCUUGGAACUUUUGGAAAACCUUUAAAAAAACGUAUUCUCAUGAACCAUAAGUCCACUUCUCUAUCAUCUAUCCAUAGGGCCAUCUGGAUAUCCAGGAGCUCCUGGUAGUGAUGGAUAUAAUGGAGUCCCUGGUCCACCUGGUCCACCUGGUCCCCAGGGCCCAGCAGGAGCUACUGGUACACUGCUGACUGACCUCUUCCUGGUUAUGUAUUUAUUAUUUGGUUCUCUCUAGUCACACCUUCUGUUUUCACAGACGUAGACCUGGAACCACUGCAAGCAAGCUUGGUCAAACUGGAGUUGGGUAAGGAAGUGAAUUUCAGAGAGCAUGAUCAGAAUGUUAUGUACUUGUAUGCAAUAUUACAGGUCCCGUAUCUUAAUUUGAUCACUCUGUUGUCGCAGAGAAUUUUCCUGCACGGCAGGAAAUGCAAACGUGUGGUGUAUUCAAGGUUUAAAAAGGUUUCUAAAGUUUGUAAUUUCCACUUAUACAUUUCAGACUUGAUUUUCCGUAACAAAAAAUGUAUUAAUCCCAACAGUUAAUUAUAAUCCAAAUAACUAUUCAUAUUUCCUGUUGCUGCAGGAUUAUUUUCCUGCUGUGUGAAAUGGGCUCAAAUUAAGAUAAUGCCUCUGUAGAUUAUAUUGUAGUUUACUAAGUAUCAGUUCAACAUAAAUUAUGCAAUAUUCGUAAUUUUGGAAAAUGCUGUGUGAAUUUAGUUGAGUGUCAGCAUUUGUGAAAUAUAAUAUGGCAACUUUUGCUUCCACUUUUAAUGUUACACCGACUGCAUUAAUACCUGGUUUCUCUUCAGCCAUAAACUAUGACUUCGCCAGAAGAGUUGCCAAUAAGUACUUUGUGUCACACAAGAGACAGGGUGCUUUUGACGACGCUGUUCAGUUCUGCACCAAGAGGGGCUUGCUGCUGGCUUUGCCGAAAAACGAGGAGGAAAACACUGCUCUCACUCAAGUACUUGAAGGGGCUUUCAAUAAUGUGUGGCUCAAUGUUGACAACAGCAAAGAGGGAACGUUUCAGCUAGAUUUGAAAGGCCAUCCCCUCACUUUUUCCAAAUGGGGAGAUGGGGAACCAAAAGUGCCCAAUGGGGAUAGGGGCUGCACAAUGUUGACAGAGUCAGGUGCAUGGCAGGUGACAUCUAAUUGCUCCUUCAAUGCCUAUAUCAUGUGUGAGAUAUAGGGACACCUCUAUGAAACGCUGUUUCUGAGUUUACAAUGAAAUCUUUCUUCUCUUCAAUUAGGAUUCUCUAGGUUUUAUCUCUAGGUUUUAUCUCUAGGUUUUAUCUCUAGGUUUUAUCUCUAGGUAUUAUCUCUAGGUUUUAUCUCUAGGUAUUAUAUCUCUAGGUUUUAUCUCUAGGUUUUAUCUCUAGGUUUUAUCUCUAGGUUUUAUCUCUAGGUCACUUGUAUUUCCAGUUGUUCUGCACCUUUCAUUCUUUCUUUUAUUCAAAUGAGCUAGUUAAAAUGUGGGGUAGAAUGUAAAAGGGAAACUUGUCGAAUAAAGCAACAAACACAUUUACUUUACACUUGUCUGUCUCCUUCACGCUCCCUCUCUCUGAACAGACUGACUGCUGAUCAUGCACAUGGCUACUUUUGACCUACAGUAUAAUGACACAGGAAUAGCAAAUAUAUAUUUCCAAGCAAGACAAUAUCAAGUUAAACUUGUAUGAAUCGGCUGACUUAGACCUGGAACCCACCUAGUAAAAGCGAUGCAUCUCAACACCAAAAGAAGGUAUUGUCUGUGAGGGACCCCCUCCCUAGUGCUGGUUUUAUAGGUUUCUCUGGAGAAAUAAUUACAUGUUAUCCAUACCACCAGAGGGUGAAGGAGGACCCGUAUCAGUGAUUUUGACCAGAUAGACAGAUCCUUUGCCGAGUUAUAGCUCCCCAUGUACUUGCCUAAGAUUGUACUUUUCUGUACCACGUAUCAUAUGACCGUGUACAAAACCCAAAUUACCUUAUUUUUGUGCACAUACAAAUCUGCCAAUGGUAUACAAGGUCUGCCAAUGGUACAAAUAUAACUGCAAUACAGAAGUCAGAUAUACUCUGAAUCUACACAGAGAGCUGUACUGGUGUGUAUUGUCUGAAAAAUCGUUAUUCUAGGACAAUUUAAUUUGAAAGCAUUUAUUUGAAUCCAUGUUUCUCUAUUAAGUUAUACAUAUCAUCAGAGGGUGGAGUGUUAACUGCAUCAGUGAUUUUGACCAGAUAGACAGAUCACCUGCAGAUCACCUCAUGUACUCACCUAUGGUUAUAACUGGUUAUAACUAGGUAUGACCGUGUACAAAAUCACCUUACAUUACCUUAGAUAUAUGCUUAGUUGCGGUCAAAACAGCUCAUAAAAGUAUGUAAGUGGUAUGAAUACUUAGUAGUACCCUCUGAAUGUACACAUAAUGCUGUAUUGGUGUGUAUUCUUCAAAAAUACUUACUCUACUGAAAAUGUUAUGUAAAUACCAGAAUUCCUAUAAUAUCCUCCAAUGUUCUUUAUGUGCAGCUUGUUAAGGUAUUUUGGGUGCUAUACCAUUUGGUUUGAAGUAACUUAAAGGAUUGAAGCAUGCUGCCAUAGCCCCUACCAGUCCCAUUGUAUCUCCAGCAGCGAUGCUAAAGCAGAUUUACCAUCACCAACAAGUUUCUUUCCAGUCUUUUCUACCCGUUUCCAGUCUUUCCAUCCGUUUCCAGUAUUUUCCAUCCAUUUCCAGUCUUUUCUGUCCCUUUCCAGUCUUUCUGUCCGUUUCCAGUCUUUCUGUCCGUUUCCAGUCUUUUCUGUCCGUUUCCAGUAUUUUCCAUCCAUUUCCAGUCUUUUCUGUCCCUUUCCAGUCUUUCUGUCCGUUUCCAGUCUUUUCUGUCCCUUUCCAGUCUUUUCCAUCCAUUUCCAGUCUUUUCCAUCCAUUUCCAGUCUUUUCUGUCCCUUUCCAGUCUUUCUGUCUGUUUCCAGUAUUUUCUGUCCGUUUCCAGUCUUUUCUGUCCCUUUCCAGUCUUUUCCAUCCAUUUCCAGUCUUUUCUGUCCGUUUCCAGUCUUUUCUGUCCCUUUCCAGUCUUUUCUGUCCGUUUCCAGUCUUUUCUGUCCCUUUCCAGUCUUUUCUGUCCGUUUCCAGUCUUUUCUGUCAGUUUCAGUUUUAGCCAAUCUGACACAAUAACAUUCAACCUUGUCUGUUUAUUAUUAUUUAUGUCCAGUUACAAUCUCAGACCAUUCCUUCUCUCCAAUAAGGUUAUAAUGGGAGAGUUAGUCCUUCUCUCCAUAAGGUUAUAAUGGGAGAGUUAGUCCUUCUCUCCAAUAAGGUUAUAAUGGGAGAGUUAGUCCUUCUCUCCAAUAAGGUUGUAAUGUGAGAGUUUAAGAACCAAUAUCAUAUCCAAGACAGACACUCUAGGUUCUUCUCAAAUGGCACACUAUUCCCUAUGUAGUGCACUACUUCUGUUCAGGGGCUGUAGGGGUUGUAGGGCUGUAGGGGCUGUAGGGCUGUAGGGGAUGUAGGGGGGGAUGUAGGGGUGUAGGGCUGUAGGGGGGUACUAUGCUGUAGGGGUGUAGGGCUGUAGGGGUUGUAGGGCUUGUAGGGGUUCUGUAGGGGUUCAGGGGCUGUAGGGGUUGUAGGGCUGGUAGGGCGUAGGCUGUAGGGGCUGUAUGUAGGGUGUAGGGUUGUAGGGCUGUAGGGUGGAGGGCUUUGGGCUGUAGGGCUGAGGGGGUGCGUAGGGCUGUAGGGGCUGUAGUAGGUUGUAGUAGGGCUGUAGGGCUGUAGGGCUGUAGGGGUUGUAGUGGGCUUGUAGGGCUGUGUGUAGGGCUGUGGGGCUGUAGGGGCUGUAGGGGUUGUGUAGGGCUGUAGGGGUAGGGAGGGUUGUAGGGCUUAGUGGGGGUGUAGGGCUUGUAGGGGAUGUGGGGUUGUAGGGCUGUAGGGGUUGUAGGGCUGUAGGGGGUGUAGGGGCUGUAGGGGCUGUAGGGGUUGUAGGGCUGUAGGGGAUGUAGGGGAUGUUGGGGUUGUAGGGCUGUAGGGGUUGUAGGGCUGUAGGGGGUGUAGGGGCUGUAGGGGCUGUAGGGGUUGUAGGGCUGUAGGGGAUGUAGGGGUUGUAGGGCUGUAGGGCUGUAGGGAGUGUAGGGCUGUAGGGGGAGUAGGGCUGUAGGGGGUGUAGGGCUGUAGGGGCUGUAGAGCUGUAGGGGCUGUAUGGGCUGUAGGGCUGUAGGGGUGUAGGGCUGUAGGGCUGUAGGGGGUGUAGGGGGCUGUGUAGGGCUUGGGUGUCUGUAGGGCUUGUAGGGCUGUAGGGCUGUAGGGGAUGUUGGGGUUGUAGGGCUGUAGGGGUUGUAGGGCUGUAGGGGCUGUUGGGGUUGUAGGGCUGUAGGGGCUGUAGGGCUGUAGGGCUGUAGGGGAUGUAGCGGUUGUAGGGCUGUAGGGGCUGUUGGGGUUGUAGAGCUGUAGGGGCUGUUGGGGCUGUAGGGGUUGUAGGGGCUGUAGGGGUUGUAGGGCUGUAGGGGUUGUAGGGCUGUAGGGGGUGUAGGGCUGUAGGGGGUGUAGGGCUGUAGGGGCUGUAGGGCUGUAGGGGCUGUAGGGCUGUAGGGAGUGUAGGGCUGUAGGGGUUGUAGGGCUGUAGGGAGUGUAGGGCUGUAGGGGUUGUAAGGCUGUAGGGGCUGUAGGGGUUGUAGGGCUGUACGGCUGUAGGGAGUGUAGGGCUGUAGGGGGAGUAGGGCUGUAGGGGGUGUAGGGGCUGUAGGGGCUGUAGGGGUUGUAGGGCUGUAGGGGCUGUAGGGGUUGUAGGGGCUGUAGGGGUUGUAGGGCUGUUGGGGCUGUUGGGGCUGUAGGGCUGUAGGGCUGGAGGGGCUGUAGGGGAUGUAGGGCUGUAGGGGUGUAGGACUGUAGGACUGUAGGACUGUAGGGCUGUAGGGGCUGUAGGGCUGUAGGGGUGUAGGACUGUAGGGGUGUGUUAAUACAUAUGUUGACUAUUGAGGGAGUUGUAAUGAAAUGCUGCAUGUGUGUUUAUUGAGCCCGAUAGAGUUGACAUUAUGACGUGCAGGAGCUGGGCUGUAAUAGGGCUGGAGACCAGCUAUAAAGUGAGUGUAAUGAAAAGCCAGGUAAUUGUUUUGAAAGGGUAACAAGCCCUGGUUUCAAUUAGGUUGUACUCCAUCCCAUCCCCCACCACCGCAGACAAGGAAAAUCAUGCCACCUCGCUCUAUUAUUCACAACUUUAGUUUUUUUUUCAAUCAAUAGAAUCUUGAGAGAGAGAGAGAGAGAGGGUGAGGGAGAGAGUGAGAGAAAGAUAGAGAGGGAGAGAGAGAGAGGGUGAGGGAGAGAGAGAGAGGGAGAGAGAGGGACGGAGAGGGAGAGAGAGAAAGUGGGUGAGGGAGAGGGACAAGAAUGGAUGUAGAGGGUGUUAAAUUCUAUUUCUCACUAUUUUUCUAACUUGAAGUUUUGUUUUUAGCCACACCCAAGUCUUGUAAUGAGUGGGAGAAACUCAACGUAUUACUUUAGUGGAACACAUGUUUUGAAACACACACACUAGGGUUGGGAAACACACACACACUCACUAGGGUUGGGAAACACACACUCACACACACUAGGGUGGGGAAAUAGUCUAGGAUUCCAUCUGGAAUGCAUAACAGAUAGAAUCCAUCUCAACAUCUCCUCUGGCUCAGGAUCAGGAGAGGAGGAGGUACUGUUCUGGGAUGGGGAGUGUUCUGCUACAUCUGUCCUACUCUGUUCAAAGAUUUCACCAUUCUUUACUCUCUCUCCCUCUCUCUCUCUUCUCUCUCUCCGUCUCCCUCUCCCUCUCUCUCUCUCUCUCUCUCUCUCUCUCUGUCUCUCUCUCUCUGUCUCUCUCUCUGCUUUAUACAGUUAACUCAUCUUAGGCUGUUUUCUCUCCCUGUGUGUGUUUCAUGUUCUGGGGCCUGACCUGUGCUCUUUAUUUCCAACAGGAUGUGAGUGAAUUAGUGACAUUCUGUAGUAGUUCACAAUAUAAGAUGGUCUUGAGUGCAGCCCAGAGCCCAGCUGUAAGGGAAAAGGACAUAGAGAGGAAUGGGAUCUAUUAAUACUAGUUCCAUCCCUCAUCCCUGUCUUCCUGACCUGGGAUGACAACUUACAACCUUCUGCACAAUGAACUAGGUCAUAUCUGUUGUAUUAUACACUACAGGACAAUCAUGGGCUCAUCUAUGGUUCGUCUAUGGUUCGUCUAUGGUUCAUCUAUGGUUCAUCUAUGGUUCGUCUAUGGUUCAUCUAUGGUUCGUCUAUGGUUCAUCUAUGGUUCGUCUAUGGUGCAGGCCAGCUGCAGGAGGGUGGGUUGAGGAAGGGAUAUGAAGAGAGAUGUGAUCUAUUAGCUAUUAUUUUUAUUAUUUUUGACAUUUAGCAGACGCUCACUUACAGGAGCAAUUAGGGUUAAGUGCCUUGCUCAAGGGCACUUCGACAGAUUUUUCACCUAGUUGGCUCGGGGAUUAGAACCAGCGACCUUUCGGUUACUGGCACAACGCUCUUAACCACUAAGCUACUUGCCACCCGUUACAUUAAACAUAACAGAGUCACGGAGUAAUACCAUCCCAGUCUUCCUGACCUGGGAUGUUCAGAAGAACCCACUUCACAACUCAACAUCUGCUUCGCUAACGUGUGUGUGUGUGUGUGUGUGUGUGUGUGUGUGUGUGUGUGUGUGUGUGUGUGUGUGUGUGUGCUACAAUAAUACAACCCUGUCCUUUGUUAUCUGCCCCAAGAUCAGCAUCAGUUGUGGACUUUGUGUGUCACCCUGGUGUUGAUGCUGUCCAUCCAGAGGAAGAUGGAAUCCAUAUACCCUCUUGACUGUUGGGCUUUCCUGCCAGAGUGUUUGUGUUAGGAGAUGACUGGCCGAUCCGUGGCUGGGUCAGGGAGAUAGAUAAACACGUUGAUUAAAAGAGAUCCAUUCAACUGUUAGCGGAAUGUUCAAGAAUACUAGUUUUUAUCGCCUGGAACUACGCAACUACGUCAACGUGUUCCUGCCAAUGCGAUGGGAGGUGACUCUAUGGACUGACCGUAGUUGGACUGGGAUCUCCAGGAUCUCAUUGGAUGUGUGUGUAAUGUUUUCCUACUUGGUCAAGGGGAUCCACAUGUGAUAGCCUGGUGACUGUAGAGAGACUGCCCAGACAGACUGCUGUGGUCAACCAGCCAGGGGAAUAUUGCUGUAGUUAAUCAGGGGCUCAUGCCCUGUGCUGUUGCGAUGUGUGUCUGCGUGCAUUCAUCCAUCUGCAUGGUCUGGACAGCUGCCCAGAGUAGCCACUCUCACAACCACUAAUGCUCUGUAAUGACUGUCAUCUCACACAGUGGCAGCAGGCUGGAGAAAGCUUGGCAAGGGGAAAUGACACACCACCACACACACACACAGACCCACACACAGACACAUACACAGACACACACCAGACACACACAGACACACCCCACACUCACACACACACACCACCCCACACACACAGCACAUCACACACACACACCCAACACACACACACCCCACACCCCCACACCCCACCACCCCCACCACCACACACCACAACACCGACACCACCCCACCCACCCCCACCCCACCCCCCGCCCCCCACAUACACAUCCCCCCCACAUACACCCACCCCCCCCCACACACACCCCACCCCCACAUACUACUGCAGCAGGACACAGAUCAGCUACAGCAGUCAGGGCUAGUGGAGUCAACUUUGUGUCCUGAAAACGAAGCCAACCAUUGUGUAAUUUUAUUUUUUCUCUCUGUUUUGACCUCUCUUCUAACCCUCUGUGGUUCUGUGUAGGCGGUAGGCUAUAGUGUUAAAAGGUUGUUACCACUAUAAUGAAUGCCAUGGCUAACAGAUAGCGAACAGGGUGUUAUCAUUAAAAUGAAUGCCAUGGCUAACAGAUAGCUAACAGGUUGUUAUCAUUAUAAUGUGUUUGUAAAGUGGUUAUCCCACUGGCUAUAGGGUGAACGCACCAAUUGGUGAGUCGUUCUGGAUAAGAGCGUCUGCUAAAUGACGUAAAUGUGCCCUUGAGCAAGGCACUUAACCCUAAUUGCUCCUGUAAGUCGCUCUGGUUAAGAGCGUCUGCUAAAUGACUAAAAUGAAAAUGUAAAUGUAAAUGUGUGACAUGGCUAACAGAUAGCGAACAGGGUGUUAUCAUUAUAAUGAAUGCCAUGGCUAACAGAUAGCUAACAGGUUGUUAUCACUAUAAUGAAUGCCAUGGCUAACAGAUAGCUAACAGGUUGUUAUCACUAUAAUGAAUGCCAUGGCUAACAGAGAGCUAACAGGUUGUUAUCACUAUAAUGAAUGCCAUGGCUAACAGAUAGCUAACAGGUUGUUAUCACUAUAAUGAAUGCCAUGGCUAACAGAUAGCUAACAGGUUGUUAUCACUAUAAUGAAUGCCAUGGCUAACAGAUAGCUCAAAGCCUGUUAUCCCCCAGGUAGCUUGGACCUGGGCUGUGUCUCAAAUCUGACAGAGGCUUUGGUCAAAAGUCAUGCACUAUGUAGGGAAUAGGGUGCCAUUUGGUAUACAUCCUUGGCUCUCUCUCAGCACCACAACGUGUUGGCAACACCUAACAUGACGGACUCUUAGGGAGGAAAGAAAGAAAGCAUCUGCUGGCACCACACCUCAUGCACUUGGCACAGGAGUUAGAGUACGCUGGCUGUGUGUGAAGGAAACACACCUAGCUAACCCUGUUAGGGCCCUGGAGGGGGGAGCAAGGAGGGAGGAGUCACCUAGCUAACCCUGUUAGGGCCCUGGAGCGGGGAGCAAGGAGGGAGGAGUCACCUAGCUAACCCUGUUAGGGCCCUGGAGGGGGGAGCAAGGAGGGAGGAGUCGCCUAGCUAACCCUGUUAGGGCCCUGGAGGGGGGAGCAAGGAGGGAGGAGUCACCUAGCUAACCCUGUUAGGGCCCUGGAGGGGGGAGCAAGGAGGGAGGAGUCACCUAGCUAACCCUGUUAGGGCCCUGGAGGGGGGAGCAAGGAGGGAGGAGUCACCUAGCUAACCCUGUUAGGGCCCUGGAGGGGGGAGCAAGGAGGGAGGAGUCACCUAGCUAACCCUGUUAGGGCCCUGGAGGGGGGAUCAAGGAGGGAGGAGUCACCUAGCUAACCCUGUUAGGGCCCUGGAGGGGGGAGCAAGGAGGGAGGCGUCAGGGAUUACUUUUAAGGGGACAACAACACUCAUAAUAUCUUCAUUAGGACAAGCUUGAUGCUUCACAGGUUGGAGAAAUGAGCUAAAGGUUUACAAGACUUGAUGUUCAGCUGUCAAUGUCAUCAUCACACAUACACAGUAGAUCUGGGGCUCAUCAGCGUAUGUUAGGUCUGUGAUUUAUCUGGUUGUUGUUGCUGCCCAGGGAGGGGCAGGCUAGGCAGCCGGUUAGGCUCUGUUCUGACUGGGGUUAAGGUUGGGGUUGAGCCAGAUUCUCCUCCCCCCUCUCUCUUCCUUCCUCUCUCUCUCUCUUUUGGGGGGGGGGGGGGCACUCAAUAACAGGGGUCAUGUUCUGUCCACACAGUGUGUGUGUGUGUGUGUGUGUUUGUGUGUGUGCCAGUGUGCAUGCAGGCAUUUGUGUGUAUGUGUGUGUGUAAAUGUCUCUGUGUGUCCAUGCCUGAGUCUAUGUGUAUCUUGUGGAAUGUCUAUAUUACUAUCUCUGUGUGUGAAUGGAAUUUCAUAUAGCCAAUAUUACAGUGUGUAGUCUAGGUGGCUUUUGUAUUUGGGCCCCCCUCUCCUCUCCUCUCCUCUCCCUCUCCCUCCUCCUCUCCUCUCCUUCUCUCUCUCCUCUCCUCUCCUCUCCUCUCCUCUCCUCUCCUCUCCUCUCCUCUCCUCUCCUCUCCUCUCCUCUCCUCUCCUCCCCUCCCCCAGGUCAGUGGGUUGUUAUCUGAUAGUCACUAAGUGGUGAACCAUAAACACACCAGACGACAGACAGACAGACAGACAGACAGACAGACAGACAGACAGACAGACAGACAGACAGCACAGCACAGUGAGGCCAUGGUAGCCAUCGAGGAGCAGAGCAGACUGCUGCAUGAGGAAGUAACCAUAACUACAGACAUCCUGGAAAUAAUGCAGAUAAGGUUCCAUCUAAGAUAGUUGAGUAAAGAGAAUAUCCAGAGAGAAUGUUCCAAGAGCAAAGAGAAUGUCCAGAGAGAAUGUUCCACCCAUAGACAUUAGGGGUGUAACGAUCCAUCUACUAAAUCGAUGUAUCGAUUUAUAUUCAUAUGAUCCAACUUCAUCGAUCUGUGCUCGGCGAGUUGGCAUUUUGGACAACAUAUAUCGAUCUAACAUCGAUUUAAAAUGUAAUAAAUCGAUUUUAUCGAUACUAGGAAAUAACCCAUUGGAUUUAAGCACGUCAGACUUAAUAUGCAGGGGUGCACAUAACUGGUACGCAGAUACGCAAGCGCGACAAAAAUCAGGAAUGCGUAAUGACACUUGUGUUACUACGCGCCUUUGCGUACUUGACCGAUCUUCUCAUCUAACCUUACACAUGACAUGUUGCUUGUCAACUACUGUCAGGGAUGUCCAAAAAGCAACAGACAUUAAGCAGAUUCUUUGGCGUUUCGCCACCUACAAAGAAACGCCAACUGGAGCCAGAGCCGAAGAAAAUACUUUUUUCGGAAAAGUGGCUUGAAGCUAACGAUGAGGGCACUGAAAUGUGGUGCAAGAUUUGCCGCUCAAAUCCACAUCUAGCAGACAAAACAGGUGCAUUUUAUAAAGGCUCAAAGAAUUUCAACCAUCCUUUAUUUGACAAACAUGAAAAGAGCAAGGAGCACACGAAUGUGGCGCAAGCCAUUGCUAAAAGCUAGCCGAGAAUAAAUGUCCAGUCGCCCACUUGCCAGACAAGCUGAAUGAAGAACAGAGGCAAGCUCUGUUUAAUAUUUUUCUCUUUCCAUAAAGCUAAACACGCACGUCCCAUGUCUUCCUAUUCUGAGGAUGUUCCUUUACUGAAUGCUUUUUGAUGGAUCUGAGGACAUCACAAAAACUGAGCAGGAAAUAGUUUACAUUGUCUGUGUCCAGCAACGGAGAGUUUACUUCGGACUUUAUUGGACUGAUUGAAUUGGGUGCUGACCGAACCGCACAGGCCAUAACAGACGGACUUGUGAGACUUUUCCAGGACACAGGCUUGGAUGACACAGACGGGGCUGCUGUCAACGUAGGUAUGGGUAAGUUUCAUAAUACCAGAUGGUCUGCAUGGAGGCAUGAAACACUGUUAAAAAUAUCAAGACUAUUGCCAGCCAUUAAAAUGCAACUGGUUACCAGGUAUUUAUUUCAGUCAUACUGGUUGAAUUUUUGGCUAAAAGGUUACUGAAUCGAUUUCAAGUCACUGAAUCGUUUCGGAUCGUAUCGUUCUAAAUGAACCAAUAUCGUCCUUGAAUCGUAUCGACAACCACGAAUCGUGAUACGAAUCGAAUCGUUGUUAAAACGAAUCGUUACACCCCUAAUAGACAUACAUCAUUACUCCCACCCUUCAGCUUUCGCAAUACUGUACUUCCCUCAUCAGAUUCUUACACUUUUCCAGCAGCUUUGGGAGGACUCAAAGACGUCCGGUAACAUGAUUUAAUACUUAUCUUCUGGACACACCUGAGGGGCGGAGUAUCUUCUCUUGGUGACACUAUCCCUCAACAAGACUUCAGUGGUUGAGUGUUUCCUCUUGUUUCGGUCAGGGUGUUGGGAGUGUGUGUGGCUGUGUGCAUGUGUGUGUGUGUGUACUGCAGGAAGGAGGGGGGCAUUCAAGUGUUUUCCUCAUCCUAACUUGUGAAAUUCCCAGCUGCCGCUUGUAAUGCUCUCCAGUCAGCAGCCAGGCCAUGGGCCAGGCGAGGCUCGUGUCCAGAACCAAUCAUCAUAACCUAACGCCUUAUUCCGUGAGCUGCUGUCCCAGUCCUGGCUUAGUCCUAGCCAACUCCCACCCAGCCCAAUCCCUGCAUGCGAGAACUGUCCUGUCCCGGCCAACUCCCACCUUGUCCAGACCUGGCCAACUCCCAACUUGUCCAGUCCUGGCCAACUCCCACCUUGUCCAGUCCUGGCCAACUCCCACCUUGUCCAGUCCUGGCCAACUGCCACCUUGUCCAGUCCUGACCAACUCCCACCUUGUCCAGUCCUGGCCAACUCCCACCUUGUCCAGUCCUGACCAACUCCCACCCUGUCCAGGCCUGGCCAACUCCCACCUUGUCCAGUCCUGACCAACUCCCACCUUGUCCAGUCCUGACCAACUCCCACCUUGUCCAAUCCUGACCAACUCCCACCCUGUCCAGUCCUGGCCAACUCCCACCUUGUCCAAUCCUGACCAACUCCCACCCUGUCCAGGCCUGGCCAACUCCCACCUUGUCCAGUCCUGACCAACUCCCACCUUGUCCAAUCCUGACCAACUCCCACCUUGUCCAGUCCUGGCCAACUCCCACCUUGUCCAGUCCUGGCCAACUCCCACCUUGUCCAGACCUGGCCAACUCCCACCUUGUUCAGUCCUGACCAACUCCCACCUUGUCCAGUCCUGACCAACUCCCACCUUGUCCAGUCCUGACCAACUCCCACCCUGUCCAAUCCUGACCAACUCCACCCUGUCCAGUCCUGACCAACUCCCACCCUGUCCAGUCCUGACCAACUCCACCCUGUCCAGUCCUGACCAACUCCCACCCUGUCCAGUCCUGACCAACUCCCACCCUGUCCAGUCCUGACCAACUCCCACCUUGUCCAGUCCUGACCAACUCCCACCCUGUCCAGUCCUGGCCAUCUCCCACCCUGUCCAGUCCUGACCAACUCCCACCCUGUCCAGACCUGGCUCUACUGGUCCUGCAUGUGAGAACAGUCCUGGCUCAGUCCUGGCUCAGUCCUGGCUCUAUCCCACACCUGCAUGUGAGAACAGUCCCGGCCCAGUCCUAGCUCAGUCCUAUCCCUGCAUGUGAGAACAGUCCCGGCCCAGUCCUGGCUCAGUCCCAUCCCUGCAUGUGAGGACAGUCCCCAUUCAGUCCUGGCUGGGUACCAUCCCUGCAUGUGAGAACAGUCCCAGUCCUGGCUCAGUCCCAUCCCUGCAUGUGAGAACAGUCCCGGCCCAGUCCUGGCUGGGUACCAUCCCUGCAUGUGAGAACAGUCCUUGCUCAGUCCUGGCUCAGUCCUGGCUCUAUCCCACAACUGCAUGUGAGAACAGUCCCAGCCCAGUCCUGGCUCAGUCCCAUCCCUGC